AUGAUGACUGUCGCAUCUGCUGCAGAGGCAGAAAGAAUGUUCCGCGACAUGCUGGAGUGGCGCCAUGACUUCGACGUUGAGGGAAAGGUGCACAGCUGGAGGCGAGAGAUGGAGAGGCAUCGGACUAGGCGUGCUCGGCUUUGCAAACGCUUCGCCAUCGAGGAGCAGAUUUGCAACGACAAGUACGGCAUUCCGGUGCGGUUACUUCGUCUGGGUGUUGCGGAUAGUGCCGGCAUGAUCCGGGAAUUUGGACAAGAAGCUGUGCUGGUGGACAGCUUGUCAAAGCUGGAAUGGACCCACGAGCAGAUCCGGAACGCCAUGUUCCGUUGCCGGAAGCUGUUCCGUGGUCAGAUCCAAAUUCUCGACGUUGGCGACUACGGAGAUGUGCCGAACUGGACGGGUCGGAUGUGGAACAACUUGCGCCUGGGCCCUGACAUCUACAAGGUCUUCGAUGGGAACUAUCCGGAGACCGUGCGGAAAGUCUUUAUCAUCAGGACCAGCUCUCUUGUUCAUCACGGAUACACCCUGGUGCAGCGGCUACUACCGCAGAGGACCAAGCGAAAGCUGAAGCUCUUCGGCCCAAAGGCCGCGGAGUGGGUGCACGAGCUGAGGGCCGAGCUGCCAGAGAAGCAGGAGCUGCCAGAGUUCCUUCGCUGCGACAGCGAGCAGGCUUUCAGGGCUGCGACGCCUCGCGGGGGCGUCGUUCCUGAGGGCAUUGCUGGAUCCGACCAGGGCCGCUUCGAGGAUGACGAGGACGCAGAGGACGGGCCGGAGGUCGUUGCCCGCACGACUUCGCAGGAGCUGGCGAAGCAGCAGGCGCGGGUCAGCGACGCUGUCCUUCGCUUCCUACUGGCCGUCGUCUUCGCCUUGGCCGCUGCUGUGCUCGGAGGGCAGCUGGCGAAGGAUGGCAUAGCUUGA